AUGUUCGGCGACACUGGCCACGGCAUUAUCAUGACCCUCUUCGCCCUGUGGAUGGUCUGGAAGGAGCGCCAGCUGGCCUCAGUGAAGGAUGAAAUCUUCUCAAUGUUCUAUGGCGGACGGUACAUUAUUCUGCUGAUGGGACUGUUCAGCAUGUACACUGGACUGAUCUACAAUGACAUCUUCAGCAAGAGUAUUAACCUUUUUGGCAGUUCAUUUUCUACAAACGAACCGGACGUUAUAAAUGGAACAAUUAUAUUUAACAAUAUAACACAGGGCUUAAUUCCUUACGAAAAUAUGGAUCCUAAUUAUGUUUACUGGUUUGGCAUUGAUCCGGUUUGGCAAUUGGCUCAGAACAAGGUCAUCUACUUGAACACUUACAAAAUGAAAGUCUCUGUUAUUUUGGGUGUACUGCAAAUGUUCUUCGGUGUCGUUUUAAGCCUUUUCAACCACAUCCAUUUUCGCAAGCCAGUCAGCAUUAUGUUUGAGUUCAUUCCUCAGUUGAUCUUUCUGAUCGGAAUCUUUGGCUACAUGGACUUUAUGAUUAUCUGGAAAUGGUUCAACUACAGCAGUUCAGACUCUGCUAAAGCUCCAUCAGUGUUGAUUACGUUGAUCAACAUGUUUAUGUUCCGCAUGCCCUUAGAUAAUGAUCCUCCUUACCUUAAAGAAGAAAUGUUUGACGGACAGUACAGCAUAAUUCAGCCUGUCUGCUUGAUACUGGCCGUAGUCUGCAUUCCCAUUAUGUUGAUUGUCAAGCCAGUGUACAACCACUGCAUCAAAAAGAGUAGUGGCGGUGGUGGUGGUGGCCAUGACGGCCAUGAUGGCGAUGGCAGCUUCGGUGAUGCCUUCAUCAAUCAGGCUAUUCACACUAUUGAGUACUGUCUCGGCUCAGUCUCCCACACUGCCAGUUACCUUCGACUGUGGGCUCUGAGUUUGGCUCACGCACAGCUCAGCGAAGUGCUCUGGAAUAUGGUCAUGAAAAAUGGAUUUAUGGAAUUUCACCAUGGUCCUCCAAACUACUUGAACAUUGUUAGUGGUGCGGUGAUGUUUGUCGUUUUCUCAAUUUGGGCUGUACUCACAGUUGCAAUUCUCAUUGUCAUGGAGGGACUUUCUGCAUUUUUACAUGCGUUGCGAUUGCAUUGGGUUGAAUUCAUGUCAAAAUUUUACUCAGGCGCUGGCAUCGUUUUUAUGCCAUUUUCAUUUAGAGUUAUCAUUGAUGAGCUCUAA